CUAAAAGAAGGUCAAGGAGCUGGCUCUUUUUGUGAGAUACCAUCGAGAAACAGUAAACUUUGUCAAGUCCAUUCUUGACGUUUACAUUCCAGAGCAACAAAGCAAGACCCUCCAGGCCAACAACAGAGCUUGACAAUUUCUCGCUAGCUCCACCACAGCCGAUUCAAGGAUGUCCAACAUAACUCGUGACCAGCUACAAACAUUUAAAGACAGUGAGCCCGCGUUCAAGCACCACAUCUUAUCUUGGAGCCUCGUUGGCAUGAUCGUUUUUUCCAUAUUUGGUAACGUCAUGCUAUUUGUCAGCGUGUACCGAAAGCCAUCACUGCGCACGCGUACUAACUUGUUUAUUCUAAACCUGGCAUCCGCUGACCUAGGAGUUACCGUCCUUUGUAUGCCUUUCUCGGUGGUCACGUGCUCAAGUCAAAAAUGGAUAUUUGGAGACUCCGUGUGCCAGUUUAACGGCUUCGUUAAUAUCCUGUUCGCGAUGUCUUCGCUUUUUACGCUCACUGCCAUUAGUGUGGAAAAAUACUUCGCCAUUGUAAAGCCGCUGUACAAGGUAGUGACUCGUCGGCGGGCGCAGCUCAUGGUUGUCUCCGCGUGGUUGGGAUCUCUUGUGUUUGCAUCGCUUCCUCUGUUUGGCUUUACGCGCUACAAGUACAAAAAAGAUAUGACUCAAUGCGGUGUACAAAUUCCAGUCACUCCCGGCCAAAUGAUCCAUGCAAUUCUAGUUUUCAUUUGUGGCUACACAGUGCCGCUAGGAAUCAUGGGAUUCGCCUACGUCGAGAUCUUCAAAGCUGCGCGUAGACAUAACCACCGCCUGAGCCGUGUAUCCGUACCCAGCAACGCAUGCGCACCAACGUCUGCACAAAAGCAAAUUGCGGUGACGGUCUUUAUCAUGCUUGUUGUAUGUCUGCUGUGUUGGACGCCUUACUUCGGGUACGUUAUAACCGUGACUUUAUCCCCAAAGGCGGUCGGGAACACGGCCGUGAAAGAUCUUGGGAUAGCUGCCUACUGGUGCGCUUUUCUUAAUAGCACAUUAGACCCUUAUAUCUACGGAAUGCGUAACCCACAGUUUAUGGCAGUUGUCAAAGAGACGUUUGUCUCGGUGUUUUUGAGACUCACACGUUUCUGUAUGAGAGACACGAGGUCGACUGGAUCUCACAGCAAAACAUCAUGUGAUAACUCGUUAUCUGAUUCGCACUUUACGCCCGCAGUCAUUCGUGCCAGCAGCUCUGCUAUAAGCCCGCGUGAAGAGUAUGCUGUUGCGCGGAAAAUUGGCGUGGUCUCCAGAAAGCAGCUUGCAAGGUUCGGCGACACCGAUGCUAUUGACAGUAGACUCGAUUCUCUCUAUGAAUUGAAAUGUGGAAAGUCUGUAAAGAACCGCAAAAUCCACUGGGAAUCGUACACCAACGAUGACAAAUGCAAAGGCUUGGUUUUCCAAAAUAUUGCGACGCUUUCUGAAAUGGGAAUCAGUGCGAAUGAGAGUUUACCCAUGGCGAGCCUGUUAUCCCUCCAUCUGUCUUCCAAGUGCAUAUGCGUGAACCCUGCCUGCCCUGCGAGAAAACCUACGAAGCACAAAAGUCAUGGAUCACCGACACACCAAACAACCGAGGAUGCGACAUCAAAUGUACGCAGUAUAGAUGGGAACAGGGUGGACUAUCGGGUGAACCCUGAAUCAGUCGCUUUUCGUGGUCUUCAAAGUGAGCUGCAGGUAAGCCAAGAGAGCAAGACCCAGCGUACCAAUGGACAGGGUGAAAAACGCAUCAAAACCGUCCGUAGUGCACCUUGCAAUUUGAACAAAAUUUAUGGAGUAGAUAUUGAUGGAUUUAAUAGUGGAAUGCAGCUACCUAACUCAGAGGGGAGUCAUCCAUUAGAAUACAAGCACCAGGAACUUAAACGAGCAUCGAGCUUGUCAACCAUAGUGACCGUAAAACGAGAGAGAAAAUCUACGGUCGUUAGAAAACCUCGAAGUAAGAAAAAAAGUCCAUUCCAGUGGAUUUGUAGUCACGUGACACGGCAGCGACGUCGGGCGAAUGACUGUCGGGGGUCGUUGGCUCGCCAGCAAAUGCCCACCAUGCAAGCUGACAACACUAGUCUCCCACACGGCUCCGGCUACAGCGAGCUUGAACACGUGUUCAUGGCUGCCUCGCUAAUCGCCAUCAUGGCCGCCUCUCUACUCGGAAACAUCAUGGUCUGCUGUAUAAUCUACCGAAGACGACGUCUACGCACGCGCACUAACGCCUUUAUCGUAAACCUAGCGAUCGCAGACCUAGGCGUGGUUACCCUGUGCAUGCCGAUUUCUCUCAUGACUUGCUUGUUUCAUCAUUGGGUUCUCGGUGACAUCAUCUGUCAGUUGAAUGGGUUCUUUAAUAUUGUGUUCACGCAGUGCUCGCUUCUGUCCCUGAUCGCUAUUGGGGUUGAGAAGUAUUACGCAAUAGUGUGGCCAUUGCGCAGGCUCAUGACCACGAGGCGCACCGUGGGACUCCUGUGUUGGACUUGGCUUCAGCCUGUUGUUAUUGCCGCCGUGCCUUUUACAGGAAUCACGAAAUUUGUGUUUAAAGCAGGCUCAACUCAAUGUGGCGUGGCGUUCCCACAAACUCUCCCGCAGACCAUCUACGGCGUAUUUGUGUCCAUCUGUGGUUACUUCGUCCCCCUGAGUGUGAUGGCGUACGCAUACUUCAAAAUCUUCCACUCGUCAUUCCGCAGCGCCCGCCGUGUCUCUAUGACUAGCGUGACAAGCUCUAACUCAGUCCUGUCACACAAGCGUGUGGCUGUCACGGUCAUGAUACUCAUUAUGGUGUUUCUCGUAUGCUGGUCGCCAUUCUUCAUUUACGCUAUCGUCUUGACUGUCAAUCACGACCUCUCAACCAAUCAGCACUUGCUAAAUCUUGGCAAGGCAAGCUACUGGAUGGCUUUCCUGUGUUCCGCAGCGAAUCCUUAUAUCUACGGGGCACGAAACCCUAAAAUCCGAAAGGAAUUCAAUGUGUUGAUGUGUUACGUGUGUGAUUGCUUCGUGUCGAGACUCAAGACCAGAGGACACUGGCGUGUUAACUCCGACAGCAGAGGAUCUUGGGAAGGGGCGGGGCAGGGUUAUGGGGGGUACCCAUGGGAAACGCCUGCCGCCACGCCCAUAUUCACGCCCAGGUAUAAGCAACCAAACACAGAGUUAUGCCAGGGAAAGGGUUACCUUAAUCAGAUGUACAAAGGUCACAGUGAAGAGGGGGAGAACGUAACUGAUGGGCAUCGGUUGCGAAUUGCGGAUGAUUCAAAUGCUGAUGAGAUCGACAUGCCUGCUGCGCCCGCAAUCAUCGAUAUGUACGCCGCCGGGCCUCUCACUAUCCAGAGCACAUCAUGGGAUAUCAACAGCUUCAAAGCUGAUUACGAUAUGGGAAGCUCGUGUUUACCUAUUCGCCUUCGAAGAAAGGACGCUGUUACUCACCCACAUGAACUUAUGACAUUUACGGCUGAUUCAGCUGGGAAUGAAAAGCGUUUGAGAAAUUGUGCAACCAACGUGCGCGAAUUGUGUUUUCAGGAUAGCAGCUGUUAUGACAACACUUUAAAGAGCGUAGAAACUAAACGUAGGAAGGUGGACAGUAAUGGUAUCAUUGGCACAAAGCUCGCCGAUUGCCGCGGAUCCCUAGAUUGCACCGUGUUUGAGACAUCGCAUUCUAAAGACAAAACGCUUAAUAUACCAGAGACAAACCAUCAGAAACAUAGCAUGCUAAGAACAGCCCUUAACACUUCGUUCGAGAAAAUGACUUCCGGUUUGUACGAUAGCGUAACAAAUGGUUGUGAGCAGAUGACGCCUAAAAAUACACAAAGCGGAAAAAGUGCGACACGUGACGCUAGAGGAGUGAGAAAGCAGUACAGUUUAAAAUGGAUAGAGAGUUCUUUAUAGAGUUGUAUCAACACUGUGUAUGCCGAAAGGCUAGAAAGGGAUAGCGUAAGGCCAGAAAUGGGAGGCACUUGGAACAUCCUCGCCUUUACACUAGGGUAGUUAGGUCAUCCGGACCCCCUGGUAGGUGGACUGACCCAACAGGUUUGUCAUCCUGAGCAAAGUACCAAGUGUGAGAAAGGAUCCAUUUCCAUCAGCUGAAUUUGGGAAUCUAUUAUGACAUUUUCGAUUGAAUUUAGUUAAUGACGACUAAGAUGGUUAUUUCAAGGAGUCGUCACAUUAUAUUUGUUUUCCAAUGUCAAAUGAAAACAAUGACAAAAGUGUGGCCUGUUAAAGCUAAGCGAUCUUACGAUUAGUGUUUCUUGUGUCCCUAGUCUCGUAGGCGUUAUGGACUCUAUGGAGCAUAUUGUCGCAUGGCAUGACGGCUAUGGAAGAGACUAUGGUCCGAAAGGCAUGAUGGGUAUGAGGUAUAUUUAGUCCUCGUACUAUAUUGUUGCUUUGUUAGUGAGGAAAAUAAAUCUUUUUUUUGUA